GGAAACGAUGCGUUUUUUUUUGCCCAUGCCCCCGUACAGCUAUCGUCUCUGGCUCUCUCCCUCGAUCUCCUGAAUAAACCACGACAGGGAAAAUCCCGCAUACAAAAGUACGGCGUAUAACGUUAUGGAACCUCACCAAAGCCGGGGGUUUCAACUGCAGAGCCGUCCGUGACACUGUUCUUGAUUUUCCGGCUUGUGUGGCUGAGGGAUUCCGAUUCUUUUCCCUGCUACCCUUUUCACCCCCUCUCUUUCUCUGCACAGCGUCAUGUUAUUGUCCCCGCCAGCAAUUAUUUAAAUCAGGCCAGCGCAAUGGGAUCGCCAUGUCUUGUCUUUCCAAGAACUUCAAGGCAUGCUCAUAGACGGCGAGAAGUGGGCUUGUGAAGCUUGCGUCCGCGGGCACCGUGUGACCACGUGUAAACACCAUGAUCGACCGUUAAUACGUAUCAACAAGAAGGGUCGGCCCUUCGCGACCUGUCCUAUCUGUCAAUGUACGCCUUGCAAGUCACCGGAGGAACAUGCUAGAAUCAAGCGCGAAGCGGCGAAUGCAAAAUCUUCAAAAAAAGCGACGGAAAAUAAAACUCGCGGUCAGGCCGGGUUUGUACCUAUUGCGCCGCGCCCUUCGAAUCUAGCUGCUGCCUUGGAGCGACCGCGCGGUCAGAUCCCCAGCAGAGGAAACCCUGUUACAAGCGUAAGCGUGAGCAUGAGUGCCGCCAGCGCUGCAGUUACGGAUAUGAUGAUUUCGUCAGGCGGACGGUCAGGGUACUACCCUUUGGGAAGCAGCAGCAUGUCGUCUCCUCUGACUGUUUCAUCUACUUCCAUGGGCGGCAUCUCCGUGUCCAUGCCCAUGGUGAAUCCGUAUGGGGAAGGAAGUUCGCUGCUGGAAGGAUCAUCAUUCAUGGAUCAUUUCGGUUACUUGGAAGACAUGGACAUUCUACCACCGGAUGGCCCCUCGGGAGAAGACUGGUCGAAUUACUCAAAUUACUACUGGUCACCUGACGAUGUGCCCUAACCCAUGGUUAGAUGCAUGGUUGACAGGACAUGCAGAGCUGAUGGGCAAAGGAAAGGAUGCAUCUAUAUGUUGUUCGUUCAUUUGUUGUGGCAUUGUUUCCUUGUUUAUGUAUCACGCUUUUAUGAUUUUCAUGAUCGGUGUCUGGGUGUUUAUAUAUUGCUUGGGGGGGUAUUAGCAUGCAGUAUGGAGUCUAGAUACAUUCAGUGGCAUCCCCAGGGGACUCCGAAGCCACUAAUGCAUGUACUUGAAGCAUAGCGUAUCUAAUAACAACAGUGGAUGCUCAUCUCCACUUCUGAAGAGAAUCCUACUAAUUAUUUCUAAGUUCUAACAACAACUAGUUAGUUACAACAACAAUAACAGACGAACCGGAGAUAAGAUAACG